AAAUAUGUAGACUUCAAUAUGACGCGAGAGUGGAAAUGUAAAGUGACCAACGACAGAUAUUUGCUCCAUUUAUUCAGGGUUAUGCAAAUCGCCCGCAACCAACAAUGGUGUCUGCCGGAGCCUCCACCUACCGGGAUCGGACAUCGGAGUUUCGAUCUCUAUCCGACACAUUGAAGAAAUUUGGGCGAAUAUCUGCUGCCAAUCCAGAUCGAACAUAUCAGCACAACGAUCCAUCUACGUCUUCUAAACUACCGCUAACUCCUUCUUCAUAUCGAUCUGAAUUCAACAAGAAGGCUUCUCGUAUUGGAUUAGGCAUCCAUGAAACCUCCAAGAAAAUUGCCAGACUCGCCAAUCUGGGUAAAAAGUCAUCGAUCUUUGAUGAUCCCUUGAAGGAGAUUCAAGAAUUGACGGCCUUGAUAAAAAAUGAUAUAACAGCCCUAAAUGUAGCUGUUUCUGAUUUGCAAACUCUUCAGAACAUGGAAAUUGCUGAUGGUGAUUAUUCAGAAGACAGAGUUGUCCAUUCUACUGCUGUUUGUGAUGAUUUGAAGAACAAGCUCAUGGGAGCUACAAAGAAGUUUCAGGAUGUAUUAACAGCAAGGAGUGAGAACAUCAAGGCUCAUGAAAAUAGGAGACAAAUCUUCUCUACAAAUAUAUCAAGAGGGAACCCGUUAAGGCAGCAAACAGAGAAUGUGAUGGAGCCACCUCCUUGGUCGAGCCCAUCUAGAUCAUCUGCAAAUCAACCAUCUGAAUCUUCAGGAAGUGGAGUUCAAGUGGGCAACCAACUAAGACGAAGGUUAGCUGCUGAUACUACUCCUUCCCAGCAUAUGGAAGCGUCCAUGUUGCAGCAGCAGCAGGUGGUUCCGCAACAAGAGAACUAUUCUCAAAAUCGUGCAGUUGCUCUACAGAGUGUUGAGUCUACAAUUACAGAACUGAGUGGGAUUUUCACAAAUUUGGCUACAAUGGUUGCUCACCAGGGGGAGUUGGCUAUCAGGAUUGAUGACAAUAUGGAAGAAACUAUGUCGAAUGUUGAAGGUGCUCGUGGAGCUCUUUUGAAACAUUUAAACCGUAUAUCAUCAAACAGGUGGCUAUUAAUCAAAAUAUUUGCUAUUUUGAUAUUCUUUCUCAUUAUAUUCCUAUUUUUCCUGGCCUAGUUAGUACUCAAUAAUAUGUUUGUUUUGUUGUUAGAAAAAACAUAUUCUAUAGCUUUGCUUGUUUGUUUCUAAAGAGCAUCGUUGAGAGUGCCU